AUGUCUACACCACAUCAACCUCUUCAUCGCGGACUUCUUUCUCUAAUAAUACAGUAUGUCUAUAACAAUAAUGUCUACACCACAUCGACCUAUUCAUCUGGGACUUCUCUCUCUAAUAAUACAAUUCUUCCAAUUCCACCAUCAACGCACCGAAUAGACACCACAUCGACCUAUUCAUCUGGGACUUCUCUCUCUAAUAAUACAAUUCUUCCAAUUCCACCAUCAACGCACCGAAUAGACACCACAUCAACCUCUUCAUCGGGGACUUCUUUCUCUAAUAAUACAAUUCUUCCAAUUCCACCAUCAACGCACCGAAUAGACACCACAUCGACCUAUUCAUCUGGGACUUCUCUCUCUAAUAAUACAAUUCUUCCAAUUCCACCAUCAACGCACCGAAUAGACACCACAUCGACCUAUUCAUCUGGGACUUCUCUCUCUAAUAAUACAAUUCUUCCAAUUCCACCAUCAACGCACCGAAUAGACACCACAUCGACCUAUUCAUCUGGGACUUCUCUCUCUAAUAAUACAAUUCUUCCAAUUCCACCAUCAACGCACCGAAUAGACACCACAUCAACCUCUUCAUCGCGGACUUCUUUCUCUAAUAAUACAGUAUGUCUAUAACAAUAAUGUCUGCAUCGCUAACAUGAAUUUUUUU